UAUCUCUCUGGAGAUCUCUGCCUACCUGAGGCUUUCCAAAGAGAGAUGCCAAGGGGCAGUACCUGUUCGACCUCCUGUGCCACCACCUGAACCUGCUGGAGAAGGACUACUUUGGCAUCCGCUUUGUGGACCCCGACAAGCAGAGGCAUUGGCUGGAGUUCACGAAGUCGGUCGUGAAGCAGAUGAGGGCCCAGCCACCCUUCACCAUGUGCUUCCGUGUCAAGUUCUACCCCACGGACCCUGCGGCGCUGAAGGAGGAGAUCACCAGGUACUUAGUCUUCCUGCAGAUCAAAAGAGACCUCUACCACGGCCGCCUCCUUUGCAAGACCUCGGACGCCGCGCUGCUGGCCGCCUAUAUCCUUCAAGCUGAGAUUGGUGACUACGACCCCGGGAAGCACCCGGAGGGCUACAGCUCCAAGUUCCAGUUCUUCCCCAAGCACUCGGAGAAGCUGGAGAGGAAGAUUGCGGAGAUCCACAAAUCAGAGCUGAGCGGGCAGACGCCGGCCACUUCUGAGCUGAACUUCCUAAGGAAGGCGCAGACCCUGGAGACCUACGGCGUGGACCCCCACCCCUGCAAGGACGUGUCGGGCAAUGCAGCGUUCCUGGCCUUCACCCCCUUUGGGUUCGUCGUCCUGCAGGGGAACAAGAGAGUGCACUUCAUCAAGUGGAAUGAGGUGACCAAAAUGAAGUUCGAGGGGAAGACGUUCUACCUGUAUGUGAGUCAGAAGGAGGAAAAGAAAAUUGUCCUCACCUACUUCGCCCCAACGCCGGAAGCCUGCAAGCACCUCUGGAAGUGUGGCAUAGAGAACCAGGCCUUCUACAAGUUGGAGAAGUCGAGCCAGGUCCGGACAGUGUCCAGCAGCAACCUGUUCUUCAAGGGGAGCCGUUUCCGAUACAGCGGCCGCGUUGCAAAAGAGGUGAUGGAAUCCAGUGCCAAGAUCAAGCGGGAGCCGCCGGAGAUCCACCGGGCCGGGCUGGUGCCAAGCAGGAGCUGCCCCUCCAUCACCCACGGCCCCCGGCUGAGCAGCGUGCCGCGCACCCGCAGGAGGGCUGUGCACAUCUCCAUCAUGGAAGGCCUGGAGUCGCUCCGUGACAGCGCCCACUCCACGCCGGUGCGCUCCGCAUCCCACGGCGAUGCCUUCGUGCCCCACGGCCGCGGCGGCCGCACCGAGAGCAGCGAACGCGUGGCCAUCAUCGCCGACGAGAGCUACAGCCCUGCCGACAGCGUGCUGCCCACGCCGGUGGCCGAGCACAGCCUGGAGCUGCUGCUGCUGUCCCGGCAGCUGAACGGAGCCCCGUGCAGCAUCGAGGAGGAGAAGGAGUCGGAGGCCGGCACCCCCGGCACGGAGCCCGAGGAGCCGCGUGAGCUGCGCGCGUUGUGCCAGGGUGCCAGCAGCGGGCCGCGGGCGGAACAGGUGAAUAAGUUUGUUUUAAGUGUCCUCCGUUUGCUCCUCGUGACAGUGGGACUCCUCUUUGUCUUGCUCCUCCUCCUCAUCGUCCUUACCGAGUCCGACCUUGACACUGCCUUUUUCCGCGAUAUCCGCCAGACCCCCGAGUUCGAGCAGUUCCAUUACCAAUACUUUUGUCCCCUCAGGCGAUGGUUUGCCUGCAAGCUCCGCGCCGUGGUGGCUCUGCUCACUGACACCUGAGGCCCCGCGGCCCCAGCUCCGUUCGUUCCGCAGGAGAAGAGCGGAAGCGCUGCAGGGGUCCCCGUCCCUGCGGGGUGCGGUGGGAGAACCGAAUAAAGAGAGGAAUUUAUUUUGCUAUUAACGCUCAUCCUUGCGCCAGCAUCCUCCCGGGGGCUGCAGUGCACAGGAUGGUCCCCGUGUCACCGUGCCGCAGGACCCCCCGUGCCGCCCCUUGGGGACCCCGGCAGCGCCACGGCCCCGCGCUCAGCUCCUUUUGUACAAAAGAAGACUGUUUCGAGGUCUAUUUUAACAACGAGAAGCUAUUUUGUUAUUGAUCCCGAGUCUUUUUUUUACUUUCCGCCCGGAGCGAAGGCGGUGCGGAGGGGCUCCACGGGGCGGCGGAUGCUUUGCAACCCAUCUGCCACGCUCCUGGUUUGGGAUACGGAGAGGAGCAGUAAUUUUAAGACUUUCCCGAAGACAAAAGGACAGCGCGGGGGGAGAAGAGGUAACGCUGGAAAGCCACCGGACAGCCAUCGCUCUCCAUCCGUCCUUAAGCAAAAACGCGCCGAUAGCUCAUGGCACGCGUGGAGCCGGGCAGCGGGGACAGCCCUUCCCCAGGAGCAAUAAUGCCGGGCCGGGCGUGCUGGGGCUGCCGCUGGACACGGGGCGAGCGGCCGAGCAGCUCUACUUCAUCUCAGGGAGAGAUCUCACAGCGCUGGGGCCAUCGCUGCCGUGCUCAGCAGAGCCGCGGCGGGCACAGGGCACGGCCAUGCGGUGCCACGACAGCUAUGCAGUGCCGCACUGCGGCCACGUGGUGACACACGGCUGCCAUGCGGUGACCCACGUGCUGACCCAGACGGUGCCACACGGCUGCCACACGCGGUGCCACACAGCAGGACGGCCGCGCUGUGCCACCACGUGGCCGCUGUCCCCAUCCGGCCGCCGCAGCCACGCUGUCCCCAUGCCCCGUUUAUGCAACGUAGCCGAGUUCACUCGUAGUGUAGUGUUCCUACCUCAGCCCGUAGUCAGUGUGUCUAUGCAGUGCGUGGUAGCCCCUGCCCGGUGCCCGCAGCACCGCCGACCUCGGCCUCCUCCAUCCGCUUCCUUUAGGACAGCGAUGCCAUCAGCCCCAUGGAACCCCGCCGUCCUCACCCGGCAUUUUACCACCAAACCCACAGGAAAUGGGUGAUGUCCAUGCUAUGUUUUCCCUCGUCCGGUGUCCCAGCACCUGUUAGUUUUACGUCUUUAUAUUCGGGUGUUGUUUCCAUAGGUUCUCAUAUCGAACAAAACGGAGUCGUAGCGUACUGCAUCUUUGCGCAGUAGACGGUGAAAUACCUGGAAAUGUGAAUUUCUUAGUUUUCAUAAGAAAAACCUAGGAAUUAACCUUUCAUGUGCCAAAUACUGUAAGCUACAUUUUCCUUCAAAAUGUACCUUUUUCUACAUAUUCGAUAUCUUAGUGAGCAUAAAAUCAUUGGUGCCAUGAGAAGUAUUUUUAAAUUGAAAUAAAUAUUUAAAUAUCAUGGGGAAAAACAAAAACAAAA